GUGAUUUACAAAUUGCUAAUUUUCCCUAAUUCUCUUUCAUUUACAUCUACGCUUCCCAGUUUACACCUUGCAAAUUACCUUUAUGAGAUUUUCAUCAAUGGCUGACAACAACAAUCGUAUUACCAGAGCAGCAGCUCUUGCUCAACAACAAGAUAACCAAGCAGCUGGAGCCGCUGGUGUAAUUCAAGAACAGCAAGAAGAGCGGCAAGUACAAUCUCAAAAAGUCCAGCAAGGCCUUGGUCCUGAUGCCCCCGAGAUGAGUGAGUCUGAUAUCACUGAAGAGGAAGAAGCGGAAAUUGGGGAAGAAAUCGACGCCCAUUUCAACUCGCAGAAGACGAUCUUGCCCAAAGCUUGAUCGUCGGCAAUGUUCCCAAUUCAAAUCGCCUCCCUUUUGAAUUCUGCGACAAUCCCGGAACAUUGCUGCUCUAUUUUUUCCUGGGGCUAUACACGGGCAACGGCAUCCACAAUGCCGCCAACACCUUUAUCGGCUUUGGCUUUUAAGUCAACGUUUUUUCCAUACCUGUAUGACUUGUUGGAAAGAUGUGGUGUGGUUGCUCCACGAUUCUGCUUUUCCAACCAUGUUGAACAUGUGUCAAAAACUUAUCAAGCAGGGACCCUUGGCGGCGUUAGAUGGGGGUACCAUGACAUUUUUGCUGCUCGGGCUUUGUUCCGAUACGGGUUGCCUUCCAGCAACAUCCUGGACUCCGUCCCCGAAUUGAUCCAAACUCUUUUGCCUGCCAACGAGGACCGUCGCAUUCUCUUCUUGUCUUUCUUGUUGGGGUACCUUUGCGCGGACGGAACUGUGUCAUGGAUAUAGAUUGGCACUCCAACUGACUGUCAAGCGCGCUAUAAGGGAUAAGGCUUUUUGCCAGAGAUCUGUGGCAUAGCACUACCUUUUCAUAUGUCGUAUUCAACCAUCCUUUGGAAUCCGUUCCGUUUUCAGGAAGAUCGGGAUUGCAAUUCUAGUCUGUAGAGGUUACUUUUCCGCAUAACGGUAGAACAGCGAUUCUUCGGAUCAUAUAUAAUAGCGGACAACGAUAAUAUGAAUAAAGUAUCUUAGCC